CUCAGAUAAGAGCAGGGAGAGAUAAGUAUAGGUGAGUCACGAUACGAGACGUGGUGUCUGCCUGCUAGAAUAUUGUUUGUCGGAGUCGGAGAGCCGGAGUGUUCGGAGAGUUGGUUCAAGGGUUCCUUUCGAGCAUUUACGUAAAGAUGCCAUUGUGGUGUUGAUAGAUACGAGGUCGGGGGUUCGUAUCAUACCUGGAGGUUGUUUGUUGAUUGGAAAUUAGGACGAUGGCACCGGUGAGGUUGCCAGACCGACUUUGGCAUGUGUUAAAGCGGUCUAUAAAAGACCCGAAGAAGCAGGGAAGAUGAAUCUCGGGAGACAUCAUCAGUUUUCUUUUGAGCCAUGGCGCCGACAAUGAAGCAUAUACUGCGACUUCUUCCGACCCUAGGGCUCUCCAGCAUCAGCUCGGCGGCCGCUGUCUAUAAGCAAAACGACUUGCUUCGCUUCCACGUUCCCUCCGACAUCACUGCCGACUCGGUCCAUAACAUCCACUUGGAAUUCCUGGACGACAGUCUUCAUGGUGAUGUUCAACUUGUUUAUGGCGACUGCGAGAUUUCCGGUACCUCUGAAGGUCACCAUGAGAUCGGUACCAUGACCAUCAAGCGCGACACAUAUCCCGAGCGGUUCGUAUGGGCCACGCCAUCCGACGCGCCACACUUGCAUUGUUUGCACGCAUUUUCCGGUUCCUCAUUGAUCGGACGCUCCGAACCAAUCUCUGUGGCCACCCCAAUUGCUCGUCGGGAGAGUAUCGCAGAUGUCGCGGAUGCCAUGGGUCCGUGGUUUGACGGUGUCGCGUAUAUGAAUGGAAAGGAACCGGGUAAGGCGGUCGUGAGCAAAGCCAAAAAUGCAUCCGUUGCCAUCGUCGGUGGAGGAAUGGCCGGGUUGCUGACAAGUUUAUUGCUGGAAUCCGUGGGGAUGCACAAUUGGCAUAUCAUCGAAUCCUCGAACCGUGUCGGGGGUCGAAUCCGCACCAAGUACCUCAACAACACCAGCCCCGACCAGUAUCAGUACCAGGAGAUGGGUCCCAUGCGCUUCCCUGUCAGCAUCACAUAUGCCGAGACCAACGAGACUUUCGAUAUUCAGGACCAUAAGAUGGUCUUCCAGCUAGCCGACGUGUUGAACAAGAUGAAUGCUGAGGAGCAUCCUGAGCUCAGUGUCGACUUCAUUCCGUUUGUUCAAAAGAACCCAAACACUCCCAUCUCCAGUGGAGGCAACCGUCUCCCCAAUGGCCGGAUCCCGACUGCAGGACAGGUGGACGCAGACCCUGCGCUGUCAUACACCGCGGCAUCAUCCAAUGCGACGGCUGCUGCCGAUGCCGAGGCCGGCUUUUACAAAUACACCGAAGAAAAGGACGUUAAAAUGAUGAAGAAGGUAGCUUCGAACUUGUUCCGCGCCCACAAAGCUGCUGUGGAAAAUGGACUGCUUGACUGGUCCGAAGAGGCUUAUCUCCGGUACGCCCUGAAAUACGACGCAAACAUCAGCGAUUAUGUUGGCGGCAUCAGCGCGACUCCGAUCUGGGGUGACUUUUAUGAGAACGUCUAUUUCGAAGCAACCAAGUGGCGCACCAUCGACAAGGGUUUGGAAUCUCUUCCCCGCGCAUUCUGGCCCCACGUCGCAGACAAGACCACCCUAGGACGCAAGGUUGAGGGUCUCUCGUACAACGCCACGACCGAGAAGAUCUCCGUCAAUUGGCGAGAGGAUCCUCUACAAAUGGUCCCCGAAAGCGAAGAGUAUGACUAUGCCGUGGUCGCAGCGCCCUUCAGCAAGGUCCGACUAUGGGAUCUACCGCGGUACUCGUCCCUUCUCAGUCGCGCAAUCUCCGGUCUGAACUAUUCCCCGUCCUGCAAGAUGGCUCUGCACUAUGAGACGAGAUUCUGGGAACACCAGGAGAACCCCAUCUAUGGAGGAUGCGGUACUGUGGACGUUCCCGGCGUCGGCAAUGUCUGCUAUCCUUCGUUCAACAUCAACGGCACUGGACCGGGUGUUAUCCUCGCAUCGUAUAUCAGCGGCACUCCGGCUCGCUCGACCGCGUCAUUGAGCACUGAGGAUCAUAUCGCUCUUGUGCAGCGCGCCAUGGUCGAGGUCCAUGGGCCAAUUGCCGCUGAGCAGUUCACCGCACUAGGAGUCUAUGACCGACAAUGCUGGGAAGUCGACGAGCACCAGGCUGGCGCUUGGGCCUCUCCUUUGGCCGGGCAGCAACAGCUGUACCUCCCGGCGUAUUACCAGACCGAGAUGAAAACGAUUUUCAUCGGUGAGCACACCAGCUACACCCACGCCUGGAUCUUCUCCGCACUGGACUCGGCUGUCCGCGGAACCACUCAGCUUCUCUUGGAUCUCGGAUUGGUGGAUGAAGCCAAGAGCGUUGUGAAAACCUGGAUGGGACGAUGGAUCAAGGUCUAGGUUAUAUGCAAGGUGCUGUCAUGAAUCAUGCUU